CCAUCGAAGAAGAACGGGGAUAGUGACGUCAUAUUCGUGAGCUUCAACGCCCCGCCCCCUACCCGUCCACUCCAUUUUAUUCCCAACAUACAUCGCGGCAGAUUCCGAGCUUAAAGCAAGAUGGCGGACAGACCAGUGCCCUUGGCUGAGAAGAGGCUCAUGGAUGUGAAGCUUGGUCAGCUGCCAUCCUGGCUCGGUACACGGGACUUCACCCCUAACGGCCUGCUCGGUUCUGUUCGCAAAGGCUAUGAAAGAUAUUACAACAAGUACAUCAACGUGAAGAAGGGAGGGUUUGGCGGCAUCGCCAUGAUUCUGGCUGGUUAUGUUGUACUGAGCUACGUUUGGGAAUAUGAUCAUAUUAAGCAUGACCGCUGGAGAAAGUACCACUGAAUCCACCCGGACCUCAUGGACCACAGAGACUCGGGCUGUUCCGGCAAUCGUGAUCAGCACACCUGAUUCAUGGAUGUUGUUGUGUAUAAAUUUAUUUGUGACCAAGAAAUAAACUAAAAUUAAUUGA